AUGCAAAUCUACUAAAGUUAACUCAAUCAUAUAUAUAGAGAAAAUGAAAAGUAUUAAAAGAAAAGAAUUUCUACUUAGGCAAAAGCAGAUAAAUCUAUAGAUAGCUUCAAUUAACAACUAAGUAAAGAGAGAAGCAUAAGUCUGUUUGAUAAUUCUGAUGCAAAAAACUAAAUUGAUAUUUAAGAAGAAGCUCAAAGAUAAAUCUUUAGCAUAAUAAAACACAAAGAGCCUGUGAUUGCAAAGAAAUACUUAACCAACCCUUCUUACUCUCCGUUAUCAAAAAAACAAGUAAACAAUUCAGUGAUAUUUCCACAGUACUCUGCUUAGCAUUAGAUAAAAAAAUCUCCUUAAAAAUAAAAAUCUAACUCUUUUUUAUUGCCUAGCAUUUCUCCUGAAAAAAAAGGGAAAAAACAAAUAAUUGGAAAAUUAGAGGAGUAUCUUUAAAAAUUUCAUACUAAUCUUUUAGAAAUUCUUCAUAAAGAAAACUCAUCUUUUUCAGAUAUAUCAUACUUGGGACAUGAAAAAAGCUAAUUUUACAUUUAGAAAAAGUUUUAUAGCGAUAGACUACACUAUAACAUACUCUCCAAAAAUUACAUUAGAAACUAAGAUGGCUCUUAAUAAAUAUACAAUGAAGAGAAAGUUAGACAUAAGGGAUUAGAGGGAAAAAUUAGCUCAAUAGUAGAUUUACUCGCUUAUGAUGAUGUUGGGAUGAGACUUUUUUAUGAAUCAGGAGUAGCUAGUUUAAAGCAAAUGCAUGAUAAGUAUAGAAAGAUAAAUAUUUCUUUCAGUGAAAAUGAUUUAUUAUGCUUAAUGAGGUAAAUGAUAUGCAAUACUAUUGAGUUUAUUUAAAAUAAAUGGUUUUAUAAUAAUUAUUAAGACUUGAAUGGUUUUGUUUUUGUUAAAUAAAGUGGGUAUCAAGAAUACUAAAUCAAAUAUGCAAAUCUUGUUAACACUUCAAACAACUAAAACGAUUAUCAUUUUGAAAAUAUAGUUUUCAGUAAUACUAAUACAAACUUUUCUUAGCACCCUUCCACAAUAUCAAUAACAAAUAGAAGCGAUUCUGAUUAAAAAGAUGAAGUAAUUGAAUCCUAAUUAAACUCAAUUUAUUCUUAAAAUGAAAUUCCAAAAAAAGAACUCAAACUAAGUCCAUAAUAAAUCAACUUGCAUAGUGACAGCAACUUAAACUCUCCUGAUAAGAAUAGCAAUUCUAAUAGAUAACAUCAAGUUAACAAACAAUAAUACACAUAAACAUUAAGCUAAAGCUCAAGCAGUAAAUUAAACAAAUCAAGUAAAAGAAAAGUAGUUGAAGGACUUCAAAGUAGCAUUUUAAGCCCGAAUUAGAAAGAGCAAAAUGAAACAUGGUAAAAAAUAUAAAUAUAUGAAGUGAUGCAAAUAUGUUCGUUAAUAUACAAUAUAUUCUUAGAAUAGAAUUUUGCAAAUAUAGAUAUCCGGAUCAAGGAGGAAAAUGAAAUAGAUUUCUUGAGCGACUACCCUAAAUUACAGGAUUAUUUGCUUUCUUUUAUAAAAAAUUCUUAAAAUUAAGAUGCUUUUUAGUAGAAUAUCAACAAGCUAAGAAGAGAUAAAUCUAUACCAUAGUUUAUUUAGAUAGAAGAUACUAUUUUUGAAUAAAUAAAAUAAGAAUAAAUUUAAAUGCUCAAUUUGAAUUAUUAGCAGCAAAAGCUAAAUAAACAAUAGUAUAUUCUCUAAAAAAAUAAAAAUAAAGAGGACUCAUAAAUUUCAGUCAGCAGAGAAGAAAUCAAAAGCAUAGCUAUGAUAGCGGUUUAGACUAUUAAUAAAUAAUUAUAAAAUGAACUUUAGAUUUUAUAAUGUAGCGAAAUAAGUCCAAAAAUGUUACCUGAAAACUAAGAAUACUAUGAUAAAUUUAUAAAUAGCACUAUAAUUUAGCACUAUGAUAAAUCAAGUUUAUUAAUAGUUGCCUAAAUAGCAGACUAGCUCUUAGCUAGAAUUAACGAAUAGAAUAAUCCAUUUUACUAUGCAGAAUAAAUAUAUUGCAAGGCACUUGCUUAAUUUAAAUCAAAUUCAGAUUCUACGAACAAUAUUUAGUUACUGAAAUUCUGUAACCAAAUUAUUCAAAAAAUAUAAGGAAAUGAACUGAAUGAACUAUGUGGAAAAUCAUACUUGCUUAUGAGCUAAAUAACUUUAAAACUUAGUAAUAAUAGAUCUAAAGCUCUGGAAUAUGCUUAAUUAUCUUAUGAAAUAAGGAAAUAAGUACAUGGAUCAUAGAGCAGGACAAUAGAAUUCGUUGAUUCUUUGAAGUAGAUAUCUUUUAUUUAUCAAAUGAAAGGACAAUAUGAGGAAGCUUUUAAAUAUUUAGAAAAAGCUUAUAUUAUUUUACAAGAAAUAUAGCAUGAGUUGGAUAAAUCUAUUGUUCAAGUAUUGACUGAGCUCUCUAUUCUAUCAUAUAACAUUUAGAAUUUUUAAGCAAGUCAGAAAAAAUGCUUAAAAUUAUUAGAAAUUUACAAAAAAAGUGCUCCAAACGUAAUAAACUAUUGUUUUCCUUUUGCCAUGAAUCUUUACUCAUUAGUCAGAUUGAGAACUUUGCAAAACAGUUCUAAUGGAAAAAGCAUAGAUAAUUAAGUCAUGAAAGAUAUAUUUAAGACUAGCUUAAAGGCAUAAAAAUUAAUAGAAAGUAUUAGAGAUGAGCAAAAGUCUUCAAACUUUCAUUCAAUUUAUUAUAAUAUUAAAGUACUGUUUCAAAACUUUCUAAAGUCAAUAGAAAGUGAAGAGUAUCUGAUUAGCUUGUAAAAGACUCCUGAAUAAAAACCGAAAAGUAAUCCUAUAUAUAAAAGAGUAGAACCUUUCUCCCUCCCUACAAACCCUAUAAUACAAUUAGGGGAUAACAAAGCAAGCCAAAAUAGGUAAUAAGGCUAAUAUAAUUACAAAUAAAGAAGCGUCAAUUAUAUAAACGAGAACUAGAGAAAUAUAAUAGAUAUAUCUAACCAUUUUUGA